CAGCAGGAAGUUUGAGCUUCAGUGCAGUUGUUCUUCUCACAGCUCUUGUGCUGUAUUGGUCUCUUCUCUUCCUCCACACUGCCAUGAACAACAUGGAUUUCCAAUCCCACUGUCGAUGCCCUCCAUUUGACCAGGAUGAACAAAUGAUCAGGUGGCAUAUGGGUUUUGACUCAACGUUUUAAUCGGCUCCUGCUGAAAAACUCCAUGGCAAACGUGAAAGUCGCAAUUCGAGUCCGUCCUCUAAACUCAAGGGAAAGUGUGGAUGGAGGGAGAAUAGCUGUACAGGUGGAAGACAAAGUGGUGAGAGUAAGAAAUGUGAAGCUGGAGGGACGUCUGGAUGGGCGAGCCGAGGCUCCAGGUGACUCCAGAGAGAGGAUGUUAGAGUUUGGCUUUGAUUACUGUUACUGGUCCGUGAACCCUGAGGCACCCAACUAUGCAUCACAGGAGGAGGUGUUCCAGGAUCUGGGUAUGUGUGUGUUGGCUGGAGCAGCUGAAGGCUACAAUGUUUGUCUCUUUGCUUAUGGACAGACAGGCUCAGGGAAGACCUACACCAUGAUGGGCAAUCCAGAUUCUAUUGGAUUGACACCAAGGAUCUGUCAAGGGCUGUUUCGAUCUGGUACAGACUCUCCUAAUGGACAGAACUGUAGGGUUGAAGUUAGUUUCUUAGAGAUCUACAACGAGCGAGUACGUGAUCUGCUGAGAGGGACGGACCAGAAAAAGCCAGCGGCCCUGCGUGUGAGGGAACACCCAGAAAAAGGGCCGUAUGUGCAGGGUCUUACUCAGCAUGUGGUGGAGGAUUACAAGCAGGCAGCAGAUCUGCUGGAAGAGGGCAUCACUAACCGCAUCACAGCUGCCACACAUGUUCACGAUGCUAGCAGCCGAUCGCAUGCCAUUUUUAGCAUCCAGUACACACAGGCGAUACUAGAGAAUAACCUUCCAUCUGAAAUUGUGAGCAAGAUCAACUUAGUGGACCUGGCUGGCAGUGAGAGAGCGGACCCUAAUUACUGCCGAGAUCGUAUUACUGAAGGAGCCAACAUCAACAAAUCUCUAGUUACUCUGGGAAUCGUCAUAUCUGCUCUUGCUCAGAACUCUCAGAUGUGCAGUAGCAGUCAGAGCAUUAACAGCAUGCUGAGUGAGGGGGAGACCAGCACGGUCGGCAGCCAGUCCAGCUCCCUGUCCAGCAGCAGUCGGAGACACUGCUUCAUCCCCUACAGAGACUCCGUCCUCACCUGGCUCCUCAAAGACAGCCUGGGUGGCAACUCCAAAACCAUAAUGCUUGCAACAAUCUCGCCUUCUUGCAGCAGCUACAAUGAGACUCUCAGCACCCUCCGCUAUGCUGCUCACGCCAAGAACAUUGUCAACAAGCCAAGAGUUAAUGAGGAUGCCAGUGUGAGGCUGAUCAGGGAGCUUCGUGAAGAGAUCGAUCGACUGAAGAGCAUGCUGCUGAGCUUCUCUAUGCAGAGAAACCCCAGCCCAUCUCUGAGUGAUGAGAGAGACAACAGCCUUUCAGACAUAGUACUGCAGAAUGAACUCAAGGUGGAACAGCUUACUAAAGACUGGUCAGAGAGUUGGCGGGAUAAGCGAGCUCUUCUAGAGCAGUACAGUGUGGACAUUAACCAGGACAGAGCAGGAGUUCAGAUACAGUCUCUCCGACCCCACCUCAUCUCCCUGGAACCGGACGUCCUGAGCACAGGAGUCACCAUUUACCACCUCCGGGAAGGAAUCACCAGAAUUGGACCUCAGGAUCCAAAUAAAGAAGAACCCCAUAUUGUCAUGCCAGAGGGUUCUGUAUGUGAAAUUGAGAAUCAGAAUGGAGUUGUUACCCUCAAACCCCUACCACACACAGCCUGCAUGAUCAAUGAUCGAGAGGUCACUGAACCCUGUCGCCUCGCACAAGGUGCAGUGAUAACAUUAGGAAGACAUCACAAGUUCCGGUUUAACCACCCUGCAGAGGCAGCAGUUCUGAGGGAGAGGAGACGUGUCGUUGACGGUGGUCCACUUUUUAGCUCAUCUGAGCUGAAUGCUCUCACUCCUAACUCAAGGGCAGAGGAAGUAGGCAGUCAGGAAGGCAGUGACAGAUUAGCUCCCUGGCAGAGGCUGGAGGAGCAUCAGCGCUACGUGGAAUGUCUGCGCGAGGAGAUCCUGGUGGAACAGAGAAGGGCUGAGAAAGACUUGGAAAGAGAGCAGGCCCAUCUUCGAAAGCAACGCUCUGAGAUCCAGCAGUGGAUCUUGAAUGAAAAGCAGCGUCUUGCUGCCAUCAGGGAGAAGGGAAAGCUUGACUCAGGGGUACAGACAGAUGCGAUUCCUCUGCCUGCACUGGCUGGCAUUAAUGAGAACGAGAGCAGCAGUGAAGCAGUGCGUCCGUCACUAAUUGUGGGUAAUAGGAAACGGGUGGUGCAAGAAGAGCUCCUCAAACACCAUGCGCUCCGAAGAAAUGAGAAUCGCAUUCGCCGAAAAAGACUGCGCUACCAGCUGGAAAGAAUUGCUCGCAAGCGACACCUGCUAGAGGCAAAGCAAGAGCUUCAAAGACUGGAGACUGCCCUUUCACUCAGGGUUGAUGGACCCUUGUCUCCUGAUCUUGCGUCUCUUUCAAAGCGUAGAGGAUGUCCAAUGGUCUUGCGAAGGCAUUCUUUUUCUGUUGACCUUUUGUCUCGACUUUACCCUCAACAUACACCCAUUUUCAGCCAGUUUCUUAGGAGGAACAGAUUAUCUGAGUCGACAUCAUCUCUCUCCAGGGCUGCCUUUCCUAGAAGAUGGGUGUCUGAUGAAUGUCUACCAAGAAAACCUAGAGGCCGCUCUAACACUAUGCCCUCAAGAUGUAGUCAAGGGACUUCAAGUAGGACAGGCUCCUCUGAGAACAUUAAAAUGUUAGUGAAGGAAAACAUAUCAUCUGAAGAAAUGAUUGAAAAAAACCCUCGUGCAUCUUCACUUCAGUCAUCAGUCUGGAAUCAUAACAUAUCUGUAAAUACUGCAGUUAAUUCAGAUAACAGAGACAGCAAGAAGGUACUUCCGAUAAUAAAGCAAUUAAGUACACAAAAAACUUCACCUAAGGGAGGAAAGAGUUUACCCCACGAAGGAAACAAGGGCUUGGCGACAAUCCGCAAAGCUCUUUCUCGAUCAGUUGGCUUUGGAAUAAAAAUGGCUUUGUCGAGGGUUUUCCGCAAGCCUCCUUUAGGGUCACAGGGUGGCAAAAGUGCCAAGUCUGCUAGCAGGGCGAAAACUCCGUUUGCUGUGGAAGGAAAGAAAGACAAAGUUGUCGGAGACGUGGGGACAAAGCAGCAAAAGUCUCCUAUGAAAUCAACAGUUUCUUGUGAUGGUUUACACCAGCUCGUCUCAUUAAAAGAGAAGAAACAGGGGUGUUGGCAUAGCGCAGAGACCUUGACUAAAAAGACCAGAGGAUGGGUCAAGACGCAACAAGACCUGACUAACUGGGUAGAGAAUAAUGGUGAUGAAGUGCCUGAUGACUCUUCAGACUGUGACAGCCUUUUCUCAAUGGAUUCCCUUUCAUCCGCUUAUGCCAGUAUAUUGGCGGCGCAGCUUCAGCAAGAGGACUGUGAGCCGAGUGAGGCAGAAAGUGAGGACAGUCAGAUGUCCAAGGACUCACUUGUCAAGGAAAGUAGUGAGAGCACUGAUACCAGGCCAGCACUGAAGCUCAGUCACCCCAUUUCUUAUGCUUUACAUUCAUCAUCCAAUCCACAGUCAGCAACAGGAAGAGAAAAAGUAGAAGAGUCCAAAGAGAUGCCUGAAGAGCUUUUCUGGAGUCUACAUGGUCAAAAGGUAUCAAGACAAGUGAUAAAGGAAUCUUCAAACUUCUCACAGGUAACAUCUGAUUCCCAACACUCCAGUGAUGCCAGUGUCAGAGGAACAGAGGCUUUCCUUGCACUUACAGAUGCAUGGUCAUCCACCGAUGCAGCAGAUAGUCCUAGGAUCCUUGGGGCCUUGGAGACCUCGUUGAAACUGUGCAUACUAUCAGAGACCAGUAGCAGCCAAAGCCAGGCUAGUGUCGAUUUGUCUGGUGCAACAACUGAAUCUGAAUGCCAAACAUCACCCUGUUUUGAUCCUACACAAUGUAAAGAUAUGACGGUUAAGGAACAAAGUCACAAAUCCUCUGAAAAAGAAACAGUCUUGGACUAUUUUUUGAGUGAUCUUACCUCUACAUCCUGUUCUAUACCAGAAUGCACAUUAUUGCAAGAAAGUAGUAGGCAGUUGAGUAAUUUUGAGGCACCAAGCACUUCUGCUGAAACUUCCAUCGCUCAGAACAUAAUGAACAAUAACACAUUAUGCACAAACAAACCAUUACCACCACCACCAGAAUUCGCCACAUUAGAAACGAAUGAUGUUGAUCUGCUAGUCGUCAACACUCCUUCCAAAGAGAGUACUGUUCUGUCUGGUUGGAGCUCUUCAGGAUGCUUCCCAGGUAGAUCCCCUGAAAACAACUUAAAAAGCAAUUCCACAAAACAAGCUGAACUUAUCCCAUCAAGUGAUGAGAGUGUCCUCACUAAAAGCUUUGCACCACAAAAUAUGUUUAGAGAAUCAAAACAGGAAACACAGUCUGAAGAAAAUUGCAUUGCAGAAACGUGUUCCAGGAACAGUAAUAUUUUCUCAGAAUGCGAUGAACAAACGGAUCUAGAAAUUCAGUCUUCUUAUAGUAUCCUUCAACAAGAAAAUGCUUUGAAAAGCAGUAAUAAGCAGAAAUCCUUAUGCUCAAGUAAGGAACUCCAUCAAACGUUUCUACAAAGAUUGAAAACAGAGAGUGAUGUUCAUUGUGAGACACAAAGCAUAAUGGAGCAUCUGAUUAACCAUGAUGAAAAGGAGAUGAGUAAUGAAAAGACCUUGAUGCAGCAUCAGGUUCAGUGCACAGAAAAAUGUUUCGAGAGCUAUGAUACAGGCAAUACAAAAGAAUGCCCUUGUGAAAGAAACAUCAAGUCAGACAGUGGUAAAGAAGUGGCUGAUUCUUUAAGACACUAUGAUGCUCAGCUAGAGCAUGAAUCCUGCAGUGUGAACUCAAGAAAAAGAAGCAAAGAUUCUCAAGAUGACCUAGCAGGCAAUUUGAAAACCCCAAAGAGAAGCUGUGUUGAGUCCCUUGUUCCAGGUGACUCUGCUGUAAAUAAUGGGCCAUUCAUGUUUCAUGACAGUUCUGACAUCAGCAGAGACUCAACAGGCAAACUGUUACCAACGGAAAAUGAGACAAUGACCUAUUACUCCCAAACAAUUCAGCAAGAUUCUAAAACUGCAUCUAUGGACGAUCAUAUCAACAUGGACCAAAACAGCAAUAAUCCUGCUACCAGCUCUACCUCUCAAGAAAGACCUGCAUCUCCAGUGACGGCAGAAGAGAAAGUGUGCACCAUUCUCAUGAAUAAAGGUGAAACAGGUAUGCAGGAUGUAAAAUUUCCUGAUGUUCAGGUUGUGGAUAAAAGAGUGUUCGAGAGCAGCACAUUGCAAAAGAUUGGCCUUACAGUAAAUGACAAGAUAUCAGAAGUGGUGAAAGAACACCUGAACAUGUCACAAGUGGAAGUGGAUGGCGGUGAAAACAUUAACAAAGAACCAGAAACAAACAAUAAAACCUCCUCAGCAACUAACACUGAUGCUCUUAAGAAUGAAAAUACAGGUGAGGGCUCACAAGGAGAACAUGGCGGUUCUCACACAUUUCCAUGUGUGACUGAAUAUUCUGUUGAUGAUAGAGCGAAUACGGACAACACAGAUGACUGUGUCAGAGAUAAAUAUGUAGUAAAACGUCCCACUGAGAAAGAAGUUGUAUUAGAUCACCGAGGAGUUGGAUUUCUUAGCAGUUGUCCGUCUUUGUUCGUGAAGAACUUCAGUGCAGAAAUAGAAAAUCCAGAUGAUCAUAACUCAUAUGGACCUGUGACGCAAGAUUUGAAAAUAAAGCUACCAGAUGCAAAUGUUGUCCUGUAUGAGGCACCGACUGAUGAUCAUCCAGAAUCAUUAAUUAUCAGCCAUUCAGAUAUUUUAAUCAAUGACGUGAUCAGUGAAAGUAGCAAAACUACACAACUGAUAUUAAUGUCUACUUGUAAACAAAGCCCUGAAGUAAUUUCUGAAUAUGUCACUGUGGCUGAGGAGCAUGAUCAGUUCUUUCUGAUGAAAACAGAAACAGAACCUAUAUCCAUUAAUAAAGUAAUCCACAAUCCAACUCCUAAAGGAACAUCUAUAAAGACUGAAGACAAUGGAGUUGAUCUUUCAUCAUGCACACAACAGAAGCUAGUUAUUUAUCCUGAAGAAAACUGCGAUUCAGGAGUCUCAAAAGAUGUUUGUGGUGUUACAGUGUCCAGUCGUCGCUCAGAAGCACUGGUGGACCGCAGUGCCUCAGACAUGCUUCAGGAGGCAAUGAGGUCUGUGGAAGAAAGCCAAGUAAAUAUGGCUGCUAAAUUUCAGCAGGUGGCGGAGUUAAACACUGUUACUCAUCCUGACCGAGAGUCAACAAUUCAAUUUGAAAAGAAGAAGCAAAGCUCGUUUAAUUCAGACAGAGCUGAAAAUAUUCAGGCCACUGAUUCUAGACCACUUUCAUACCAAGACUGCUCUGGAGAAAAGCAGGAUUUUAUCACACAAAUACAAUUUCAUAGUGGCGAGAACACAAAUAGUCUAAAUGAAACAAAAGACAAAAUCAUGGACCUCGAAAACCACACUUGUUCGGGAAAAUUAAAUAAAGAGACCACAGUUUCUAAAUCUUGCCGGGCUCUAGCAUUCUGUACUUCAGAGCUACCGAGAGACAACCAAGCACAAAUCAUCCAAAGUGUCAUUAUGGGUGAAAAGUCCUCAGUCUGUCCUCAAAAUGAAGACCAGUUAUUGUGUAAAGAGGACCGUAUGCCACAAAGAAGGAACGUUCAGGAACAGUGUGUGAAUGUUCAAAAAGAGAAGGAGCAUUCAGAUGAACUACAAUCUCCAGACUUAUCCAUCUUUUCUAAGUCUGUACAAAGACCAGAGCAGAUAAAUAUGAGAGAGGCAAAUAAACUAGAGCUUAAAUUUUCAGCAUGUACGUCAUUAAACCCAAAAGGACCACAUCAAGUUAAAAUUGAAUCUACUGAAAAAGCUAAUGGAGGGAAACAACAUACAACAAUAAAUAGUUCAAGGCUCGUAUUUUCUAGGAUGAAUGAAGAGCGACAGAGAGUAAAGUUAAAGAGAUACAGGAAAGCCCAUUUUACAGCCCCUCUAAGUUCAUCCACUGACUCAACACCUGAUUCAUCAUUAGAUGAAAUGGCUAAAUCCAGAGUACAUAAAUGUGGUAUUGCCACUCCAACCAUGCCUGGCACACCUGCUCCUGGAAGACCAACGACAGAAAGUAGAAAUAGCUCAUCUGACUAUUCAAGUACACCUCUGUCCUUAGAAAUUGGUCUAGGAUCAAUAGAAUCAAAAUCAAAACAGUUUUAUGGCACUGGCUCUGAUAAUCCAUACCCUUACAUCAGAGAUGUUACCACUGAUGUAGCAGAGGAUGAGAGGCAGAAAAAACAUCAUCUUACAGCAACGCUGUUUAAAAUUCCUGGUCUAUCAAAGGAUGAUGAAACAGUUCAGUUAACCAGAAACGAUUCUUCUAAGCAAAUAUCACAUGGAAAUAACCAUGAAAGAACAAGAUCAUUUGAGAAUGAUUCCACCCAAAAUAGAGAACCUAUUCUACAUUUUGGUUCAAGUGACAUCAACCCCUACGUUCAUACAAGAAAAAAGGAUCAGUUACUUAAAGCUGCAUACAAAAAUCAGCCAUUUGGAAGUGCAGUCAAUAUAUCCAGUCAACUUUCCUCACUUGAAAGUUCUAGCAAUGGUAUCGCAAGAUGCUACAGUAUGGACAAUGGGUUGAAUAUCCAGAAUUCUCCUUUCAAUUCUCAUCUGAGCAGUUAUGCAGUCCAAAAUAGGCUUUCGAGCACAUUGAGUAGUGCUGAAGAUUCCAAAGAACAUAUUUCUACAGAACCCAAGCUGAGGGAAGCCUUUCAUACCCCAGUUAUUUGUAGUGAGAAGGUCUUAACAGCUUCAGGCAGUGACUCUUGCAAUGAUACCUUAGACUUAGCCAGUAGCUCAGGCCAAGUAGAUGAAAUAGUGCUGGUCUACUCUUCCGAACAUGAAAGUCAGGAAAGUCAACAAGAUUCAAGAAAAUGUGACCAUGGCACCCAGACGGUCAAUUUUUAUGAGGACCUGAAGAAGAAAAACAGACACAGGAGGAGCAGUACACAGGUUCCUGUGUCCAGACAAGUGCAUGGAGCAUCGACCACAUGGACAAGUCUACAGAAUAUGUCUGAACAUCUUUCUGAGCUGAUUGUCAGCACUUCUGAUCUUCUGGGGAAUAUUCAGUGUAUGAGAGCAGGGAAAAAUGGGCCUCCGUUAAAAACUUGCAGUAAACUUUCAAAGGUGCGUUCUGAUAAGUAUUGCAAGAGUGAUUGCUCCACCCAAACUGCCAGAGAUGUUGGGAUCCAAACUGAGGACAUUGCACUGCUAAUGAAACAGAACAAAGUUCUUCAGAGUACCCCACCUAUACAGAACCCCAAAUCUCAUGAGGUCAAUGUGAUCGUCAAAGUUAUUGGCUCCGAAGUUUGCAAUGUACCAAACCAAGAUGGUGUCAUCGGAUCUAUUAAAGAUCAGCGUGAAAGCAGACAGACAUUUGAAACUAUGAAAAGUAUGCCUGACUUGCGUCCUGGAGGCUCACCUCCCUUUGAGCGCUUUGGUGGACAGGUGGACACUGUAAAAGUUCUUUCGCAAGGAGCUGUUACACCAAAUCAACACUGUUUCAAUGCUGUCACAGUAGAUCAUAAAGCUUCCAACACUUUUGCAGUUUGUGCUCAGAGAAAUGUCACUUCUCAAAAGUUUGCAAGGGACAAUCAAACACAUCAACAAAUGAAGCCAAAGAAUAACCCUGAUAAAAGGGUGUUGCUUAUAGACCGUGCCUCUUCACCUAUUCUCACUGUGGAUGUGACAAGUUUACAGAAAGGAAAAAUCAAGUCUGGUGCAAUCCACACCCCCACUGAGACGUUCUUAAAAAACAUCAGAAAUCCACCUGAAAACAAACCAAUAUCCACCAGUAAACCAAAGUCCCAGAAUCAGAGAGAUCAUUUUUACACAUAUCAAUCUGAAAACAAAUCAGUGUCUUCCGUGUCUCUUGAGAACCUAAGUAACAACAGUUGUAUAAAUAUGGGUGCACCAGAUGCAUACGCCACAGAAGUCUCAUCCAGCAGAUACAUAGAAAAUGGAAGAAAGAAACACUCUCAUGGAGUGCAAAGCAAAGUAGCAAGCCAAGCCACCUCAUGCGGUCCCCUGUCUCAGAGUCACUGUUCCUCUGUCAAACACAGGAAACCUGUAGACUUGAGCCAAAACACAUUACAAUCCUCAACACCCAUUAAUCAAAGCCACAGAAGCAGCAGGCAGGAAUAUAAACACGGGCUCUAUAAAGAUGUGAGCUGCUGGAGUGAUCUGAGCAAAGACACUCUCCAAUACCAAGACGAAGACAGCCUGUCUUUGGCUCCAAGUGACUGCAAUACAGAUGUCCUGGUCAGCAUUAACCCACUCACUGAAACCAGUCCAAUCCAAGAGGAUUAUUGGAUUCCUGAAAACCUGCCGAUGCACAACAAGUUCACCAACUGGUCAGGAAUAAGUCAGAAGCAAUCAGCCAGGCUCACUAAUGAAAACAGUACAACUGUGGAGAAAUCCCCAGAUAUUAACACACACAAUCUCCACCUGUGUUCAGCAGAGUCAGAGAGUCUUGCAUAUAGGUACAAACCAGAACUCUUGGACUCAGCAGGUAGCUGGACCAGAGAAAUUGAGAAGCUGCGGAAGGAACGGGAGCAGGUACUUGCCUCUAUGCAGUUAGAGCCGAGUCCUCAUCCGCUCAGCGUAGAGCUCACAGAGGCCAAGUUGCACUAUGGCCUGGGGAAGACAGACAGUCUGCUAAAGAUGUUGAAAUCCUGUUCCAGAACAGAGUCGACCAUCUUGACCAAACAGCAGCUGUAUGAGAGGCACAGGAGGAGUAUUGAUGGUUUGAGGAAGGAGAGAGAAGAUCGUCUUCAGACGUCCCGCCGAGCUCGAAGCCUCAGCCCCAGCAAGCAUCCAAACUCCUCAAAUCACAUGACCGAACAGUCUGAAAGAACUGUGGAUCUACCCAGCCGGCAGAGGGAAUAUCUGCGGCAGCUACGCAAGGAAGUAGUGGAGAUGAGCAGGGUUCCAGAUCCACCGAGAAGAGAGGGUCAGUAUCCCAAUGAUAUUGAACUCCUCCUGCGUGACUACAGUCGUGCACGUGAGGAAGCGAAGACAGAGAUCGCCAGAGCGCGAAUGCGGCUACGUGAGAGGACGGAGCAGGAGAAAAGGAGACUAGAGCAACAGGCUCUCGCACAGUCUCUAAAGGAUCAUCUGAGGCUUUGUACACGUGUCAGUAAUAGCACAUUAUGCACUGGUUCCAACCUAAGUCUCUCUUCUGGACCUACAUCUGGCUACAACAGCAGUAAUGCGGCUCUACUGAAAGAUGGUACCUCGCCAUCUAUACAGAUCACUGGAGUCUCAGAUAAGGAGUUAAGAGUCAGAUCUCGACCUCCCAUGAUCCCUCCUCAAAAUGUAAAGGCUCCUCGUACAUGGCUAUCAGCUCAGGAUAUUCGUGUGGAGAGCUCCUCCUCUGGAUAUGAGCUUCACUCCUCCUCCUCUCCGUCAUCUCCUCCUGGACGACAGCGGACUUGUUCCUUUAGCUCUCCCUCAUCUAUUUCUAUUUCAUACCAGGACAUAGCAGACUGUACUCUCACAAGCGCAUUAUCAGAGGUUCAUUUAGCCUCUGGAGGAGAUGUAAGGAAUCUGCUGGGAGGGAGUGCGGAAGCUGGCUGGAGACACCAGGGCUUAGAGAAUGGAGUUCAGACCUUUCAUCGGCCCUCAUCCAGAGCCUCUGCUCAUGGGUUUUUGGGUGCCAUGGAACUGGAGAGACCCUUGGGUAGUCUGUGGAGUUUAAUCCGAGAUCACUCCAAGACUCAUCUCUAUAACAAAUCUCUAAAGUCUGCUUGGACUCGAUUGCUAGAUGGCACUACACAACUAGUCUACCUGCUCACUGAUCCAUCCAACUGUCAUAUGAAGCAGCCACGGGAUUUCUGUUGCCUGAGCACUGAGUCCAAACGGGAUGAUAUGUGGGUGUUGGCCAUGCAGUCUGUAUUUGAAGAGUCUCUCCCUCGCCCAAGUGUGGACACUGUACGUGGAGAAAUGUUUCCUAGCGCAUGGAUUCUUCAGCGCAGCCAGCGGCAGGGUCGAGAAAUUGUUACGGUUAUCUAUCUACUACAGGUUGAUUUGGGAACUCCAACCCUGCCUCAGAGACUGUUGAAUGUUGUGGCCAGGAAGCAAGCAGCUGUAAUCGCGGACCUUGAUUCCUUUUUGUCAUCGUGACAGACGAGGUUACUAAUGAGCACUUAUUUAAAAACCCUUAAAGGUCUUUUCUAACAUUUGCACCUCAUUACUUUGUUCUGUUCUGUUUUGGUUCUCCUCAGACCACUGGUGGUUAGUUUAUUUAUAGAAAGAUAAGUUUGUGAAAUUAUAUUGAUACUUUUCUACAUUGUGCAUGAUCUUUAUGGUGCUUAGUUUUGCCAAAGACUGGACAAAGAAUUCAUAUAGGAAUUUUUAAGGUUUGUCCCAAUCACCCAUAAGCUCUAUUUGUAAAAGUACUUGACCUUAAAUUGCUCUGUAUAUAUCUCUACAUAGGAUAACAUGUAGAUCAAUAGGAUUAGAUCAGUCCAGUAUUUCUGUGUGUGUAGCAAAGCUAAUUUUGGUAAACGUCCAAAUCUAAGCUGAUAUAUUUGAAACUUGAACUUGCAAAGACGUCUUUUUGAUUGAGCAUGUCAGAAUGUAUAAUAUAAAACACACUGCUCCUGCAUGGAGAUGUACAAUAUAUAUAUAUCUAAGCUUCUACCCACAGGUAGAGCACACAGUUACAUUUCUGUACUACACGAGACUAAAAGUCAGAUAAUGCUGAGCAGAAGCUACAAAAAGAGUCCUGUUUUUGCCACUUCGACUGACUAUUGCCACUUGGUGGCAUUUGCAGUAUUUUUACUUUUGUAAGAAAUUACUAGAAAUAUGCAAUGCAGUGCUGUAAGCUUUCCUAAAUUAUUCUCUAGCAUGAACAAACUUCAUCAUCACACUCAGUCUUAUAGCAAACACACUUGUUUAAUACAUUUGAUACCGACUAUAGAUCUCGUCUCACAGUAACCCUUUAUUCAAAAGUCGCUCCAAGAAAUAGGACUGUUUAUGAAUUGAGUGAUGUAAUUAGCCACUACAGUGCUAGAGCUGUAUGAGGUGUCACUGAAUUUGAAAUCAUCCUUUAGGGUGGAGAAAAUCAAAUCAAUAUAUGUAUAUAUUUAUUUUUUUUUUAAAUAACUGUUUGUGUAUGAUGUAAAAAAUUAUGACCAUAUCUCACCAGUCUGUAUUGCAUGGACAUACUGUGCAUGUUAUUUCGCUCUAGGAAUAUUUGUACUGAUCUGCAUGUGUAGCAUAAAAUACAUCCAUCACCACAUACACACACACAUACACACACACACACACACACACACACACACACACACACACACACACAUGUCCUUGUUCGAA